AUGCCACUUCAUCUUUCUGGGUCCAAUCCUCACUGUCUUGGGAUCCCUGCUGAAGUACUUUCACUUCCCCAUGGCAGUUCUCCAGCAAUCAAUAACAAUGUUUUACAUUUCCAAAAAAGCAUCAAUAAUGAGGUCACAUUCAAAUCUGGAUCAACUAGAACACCUCGAGAUGUGCCACGAUAUUGUCCCCAGGUUUCCAAUGCUUGGGUUGCAUGCAAAUCUCUAUUGUGCUACGUAGUGUCCUGCUGCCAUAGUUCACAGAAAGACCCAGAUGUAUACCAUCCCUGCUCUGUGGGAACAUCAGUGAGUGGCCCCCACAAUGAUCAUUCUUCAGGAAGGACCAAUCUACGGUGUGUAGGUGAAAGCAGUAAAAUAACUGGCCUGGAUAACAGUUUUAAUUAUACAGACCUUAAACUCAUGGGGGUUCCAGUCUUCAACAAGACUUGUGCUACUAUUACUGACAUGGAAAGUUCAGGAGAACCUGCACCACCUCCAGCAUCCAUGAACACUGAAGGAAACUACUCUAGGAAAGAGUCUUAUCCUGAACUCUCUGGAAUGAAUGGCUCGAUGUCCAGUGCAGAGAUAGAUGGGCUAAUCUGGCAAAAACUCAGUGAACUUUUUAGCUUCCACCAGAUUGAUGAGCUAGCGAGGUGCACCUCAGAAACCGUGUUCUUGAAGAAGAGCAACCAGAUGAUGGAACUUAUUGACAGUCUAACACAGGACUACCAAUUGGAGAAGCAGGAUGCAGAAUGCCGACUUAUCCAAGGCAUUAUCCGUCUAAGCACCCGCAAGGAACGGACAAACAGAAAUUGCACUUCAGGAGGAGAUAAAGGGAGAGAGCAACAGUUCUCAAGGGAAAAUGGUGGCAAGAUUCCUGCCAGAAGUAUUAUAGUCACGCAGGAGUCUGGGUCAUCCAGCCAGGGUGAUCUAGAGGUGAAGAUCUCAGAAGAAACAAGCUUUGACAUUAUGGCAAGGAACCUGAGGAGAUCUGCAGAUGCCUGA